AUGGAAAGGCUAAUAAGAAGUUCUGAAUACCUCCAAAGGCUAAUUCAUCUUCUUGUUGUUCUUGUUCUUCUUCUUCUUCCAUCGUUGCUCGUCAUCCAUUGUCCAUCUCCAAUGUCACCUGAUUCGACCGAAUUUGAACUCAGAAAAUUAUCCGAUCACAUAUACAAUGCUAAUUCUGAUCAUUUCAAUGUCCUUACCAUCCUUUUCCUGUUGCCCAUCUCGUCCUCUCUUGUUUUAUAUCCUUGUAUCCACAUUGCUCACUUUCAUCCAGAUUACUUUACUUUCCCUCCAUCUCAACUCCGUCUUUUCUUUUCCAGUUUCAAAACGAUUGUCUUACUAGUGUACGCUCUGUUAUUGCCCCUGUUAUCCCUCUGUGCCGUAGCCACAAUUACAUACAGCGCCUUCGUUCAAGCAUACCACAAUCGAUCCAUCAACUUCAUUUCAUCUAUUAAGUCCAUCAGAAAGUCAUUUUUUCACAUUCUCUCCACCUUUAUCGUUUCUCAUACCAUUUACAUUUCAAUCACUCUUGUUUUCAUGCUAGUUUUGCUGCUCUCAUCCCAAAUUCUCCAAACUUUUGAACUAAUUAAACUCAAACUCGAUCUGAACCACUUGUUAUUUUUGGUUAUUUUCGCGUUACUUGUGAUGUCACCGGUUCUGCUAUGGCUACAAGUACGCUGGUCUUUAGCUUACGUGAUAGCAGUGGUUGAAUCAAAAUGGGGUUUCGAAACAUUGAGGAGAUCAAGUACCUAUUUGGUAAAAGAGAAGAGAAAGGUAGCUUUCGUGAUGCAUUUGUAUUUCGGGGUUGUGGUGGGAAUAAUGGGAAUGAGACAGUUUCGUAUCGAAAAUGUGCUUCUGUAUAUGUAUUGCAAGGACUGCAACGGCGAAAAAUUGCCCUUGGAAAUCGAAGGCAAGCCUGCGGACGAGUUUGUAUAUCUGCCCUUAGACGGUGAGAAGAAUCAAGUCGUUGUGUAA